AUGUCCUAUUACGGAAACGGAGGAUACAACCCAUAUGGGCAACAAGGUUUUGCUCCACCACCAAUGCACGGAGCCCCUGGAUUCGCUCCUCCACCAGUUCACGGUGCACCAGGAUUUGCUCCUCCACCAACUGUUCAUGUUCAUAACAACAGUGGGCAUCACCACCAUCAUCAUGGUCUCCUUCAUGGACUCGGCCAUGUUUUCAGCCACCACCAUCAUCAUCACGGCCAUCACGGGCAUCACGGACACCACUAA